UCUCACGGUCACGGGAAUAGUGCGCACGCAUUUAUAUAUAUAUAUAUAUAAGCCUCCUUCUUGCUCAGUUGCCCCCCUGAUCAUCUGAUCCUCUCUCCACUGCCUUGUCUCACACCAUCCAUCGAUCGAUUGAUCAGUCACUAGUUACCAUGAUGAAGAAGCAGCCAUCUGUGGUACGUCUUCUCGUCCUCCUCAUCUUCCUCCUCGCACUGGCCAUCUUUCUUACCAACCACAAUGCUGAGGCCUCUCGGACACCAAAAGGCCCAGUGAAAGACGAAGUGAAGAUUGAUGAUGAAUUUCCAUCACUGCUGGAUCAUUAUCUAGAAAUUACAAGCGGGGAUGUUUCAGAUACGAUGGGGACUCCAGACAGAUGUGAUGAUGGUGACAGGGACUGCAUGAAGAGAAGGAUGAUGUCUGAGGCUCAUCUUGACUACAUCUAUACGCAGCACCAAGAGCCAUGAAUGACAUCAGGAAAGGAAUGCGCUAGCUAACUGCGCUAUGAAUUAAACAAUAUAUAUAUAUAUAUAUAUAUUGUGGACGCUUCUCUGAUAUAUCAUAUAUAUAUAUAUUGACCAUGUUAUACUAGUCCAUUAUAUAUAUAUGGAGUAUUUUCCUGCUUGCUUUAAUUAGUUGUCACCAUGGAAUGGUCUGUGUGGGCUUCAAUUCAUCCAUGGGAAAGUGAAAAAGGAAAAAACCA